GGACAGGACAGCAGUGCAUUUGCCAGUGACCCUGAGCUGAGUCGGGUCCCUGUCCCCAUUUUCUGUCUGUGCUCUGGGGAGUGCCACCCACCCGUGGGAACCUGCAGGCUCCUGCUGCUGGCCCAGGGCUGUCAAGAGCUGCUGGCCUGGGCAUGGGUGGUGGGGCCCUCGUGAUAUGUGGGCAGCAUGGAGAUGCUGAAAGACAAGAGCGUGCAGGAGCUGGAGGAUAUGCAGAGCGACGUGGAGGCCAUUGGCCGGCUGGCCCUGGAGUCCCCCGAGGUCCAGGACCUGCAGCUGGAGCGAGAAAUGGCCCUGGCCACCAACCGGAGCCUGGCCGAGCGGAACCUGGAGUUCCAGGGGCCCCUGGAGAUCAGCCGCUCCAACCUCUCUGACAAGUACCAGGAGCUGCGCAGGCUGGUGGAGCGGUGCCAGGAGCAGAAGGCCAGGCUGGAGAAGUUUUCCUCUGCGCUGCAGCCAGGGACCUUGCUGGACCUCCUGCAGAUCGAAGGCAUGAAGAUCGAGGAGGAGUCCGAGGCCAUGGCCGAGAAGUUCCUGGAGGGUGAGGUGCCACUGGAGCAGUUCCUGGAGGACUUCGCUGCCAUGCGGACGCUGUCACACCUUCGCCGUGUGCGGGUAGAGAAGCUGCAGGAUGUGGUGAGGAGGCCAGCAGGGGACACCCCUCCGCCCCGGCCACCGCCACCGCCACCACCACGCCCUGCCGCCCAGGCUGCACCCCCUGUGCCUGAGGAGCCACCGCCUCAGCCGCAGCCACCGCCAUCGGUCACACCUCCCUACCCCUUGCCCUACAGCCCCAUGCCUGGCCUGCCUUCCGGCCCCACUGCCCAGGGUGCCCUUCCACCUGCCCCCUUCCCGCUGAUAGCCCAGCCCUCGGCCUACGGGAUGCCAGGACCCCGGCACGGGGUGGCUGCAGGCUAUGCCUGGUCCCCCUCCAGGGGUGCACCACCUCGGCCAGGCUACCCCACACCGGUGACCAGCACCUCAGGCCCUGGGUACCCCUUGGUGGGGGGCCGGGCCCCCAAUCCUGGCUAUCCUCAGCAGUCCCCAUUUCCCCCCAUGGCAGGGAAGCCCCCUUACCCCACACAGCCCUCUCUCCCCAGCUUCCCUGUGCAGCCCCCGUACCCACCCAGACCCGCACCUCCCUAUGGAUUUCCCCCACCCUCAGGCCCAGCCUGGCCUGGGUACUAGGUGGGCUGUGCUCCUCCCAGGCACUGAGACCUUGCCCUCCCUCCCUCAGAGACCGAGGGGGGCAGGAGCGGCUUUGGUGGUGUGACCACAUGCUGUGGCCCAGCCAGCAGCCCAGGCUACCCUUUCAGGGACUGGCUGAGGGGCGCUCGGCAUCUGUGUGCGCUGGCCUGUGUCUGCUCCCAGGGACAUGUGGACAUGGAUGAGAUGGCCCCGCCCACCCCACAGCGGGGAUAGAGCCCCAGGACCGAGCCCCAUAGCCCAGCAUGGUUAGGGCAGCGAGGGGAGCGCGGCAGCUGCCCUGUAAAGCCAUAACGUGACCUGCGAGGCUGUGGUUGGGCCUGUGCCCUGUGCCAGAGUGUCCUGCGGAGGCCCAGCAUUGGUCACCUGCGCUCUGGCUGGACAGAGGGGUGGCUGGAGUCCAGGAGGUCCUGGUGGAGUAUGGGGCAUGGGGGCCUGCCUGAAGCCCCCAGCCUUUGGUGCCUUGGUCCUCACUCAAGCAACCCCUCCACCCAACUGCCCCGUGUAACCCCCACUCCGGGGACAACGUCCAAAGACAUCCUGAGUGCCACUCCACAGCCCCUCUUCAGAACUUCACAGCAGCGGACACAUGCUCUGGCCCAAGUGGGCCCUGGACCAGGGUGCAGUAGAGUGGGCUGAGUGUGGCAGUUGGGUGACAGGUCGCGGGGGGACCCCGGGGCUGCAGCUGUGCAGAUUAGGAGUCAUAGUGCCUUGAACUUCCCUACUGGCCCUUCACCUCGGUGAGCGCCGGCUGCAGGGACAGAAGAUGCCUGGCUGGGAGGUGGCGGCGUGCGCAGUGCAGGCCAUGCUGCGCCUUGGCACACCUCCUCCUGUGCUGCUGCUGUGGAGUCCCUGGAGCCCGGACUGGCAUGGCCAGCUGUGUUGUGAAUUGUCACAAUAAACGUGGACAAGUUA